AUGCUGGACGACGAGAUGACCGUCAGCCUGUCCCUGCCCAGUGAGUCCAGCAUGUUCCACAACAACCACUCCUCACCGCCCAGUGAGCAGGGCUCCAGCUCCACCUACGACCGCAUCUUCCCGCUGCGGCCCGACUACCAGGAGCCCUCCAGGCUGAUCCGCAAGCUCCCAGAGUUCGCUCCCGGGGAGGAGGCGCCCGGCUGCAGCGGCCUCGCCAAGCCAGGCCCGCCCAACGGCCCCGAGGGCGCGCCCCACUACGCAGAGGCAGACAUCGUGAACCUGCAGGGCGUGACAGGGGGCAACACCUACUCCGUGCCCGCCCUCACCAUGGACCUGCUCUCGGGGAAGGACGUGGCCGUGGAGGAGUUCCCCCGGAAGCUGCUCGCCUUCAAGGAGAAGCUGGGGGAAGGCCAGUUCGGGGAGGUCCAUCUCUGCGAAGUGGAGGGGAUGGAAAGGUUCAAAGGCAAAGACUUGGCCGUGGAUGCCGGCGCCAGCCAGCCGGUCCUGGUGGCCGUGAAGAUGCUCCGGGCAGACGCCAACAAGAACGCCAGGAAUGAUUUCCUGAAGGAGAUAAAGAUCAUGUCCCGGCUGAAGGACGCCAACAUCAUCCGCCUCUUGGCCGUGUGCAUCGCCGACGACCCUCUGUGCAUGAUCACCGAGUACAUGGAGAAUGGGGACCUCAACCAGUUCCUCUCCCGCCACGAGCCGCCCAGCCCCAGCCCCAGCCAGGUGCCCACUGUCAGUUAUGCCAACCUAAAGUUCAUGGCGACUCAGAUCGCCUCCGGCAUGAAGUACCUUUCCUCCUUGAAUUUUGUCCACCGAGACCUGGCCACGCGGAACUGCCUGGUGGGCAAGAACUACACCAUCAAGAUCGCCGACUUCGGGAUGAGCCGGAACUUGUACAGCGGGGACUACUACCGCAUCCAGGGCCGCGCGGUGCUGCCGAUCCGCUGGAUGUCCUGGGAGAGCAUCCUGCUGGGCAAGUUCACCACAGCCAGUGACGUGUGGGCCUUCGGGGUGACCCUGUGGGAGGCCUUCACCUUCUGCCAGGAGCAGCCCUACUCCCAGCUGUCCGAUGAGCAGGUCAUCGAGAACACCGGGGAGUUCUUCCGGGACCAAGGGAGGCAGACCUACCUCCCGCAGCCCGCCAUCUGCCCCGACUCCGUGUACAAGCUGAUGCUGAGCUGCUGGCGGAGGGACACAAAGCACCGGCCCUCGUUCCAGGAGAUACACCUGCUGCUGCUCCAGCAGGGCGACGACUGUGGCAUCUUGGACAAGUCUGCCGCCUGCACUGUCUCCUGGUCUGUGAGCUGA